AUGCCGAUUAGUUUGCCUCAGGACGCCCCAUCGCCGCGGAUCUGCCGAGUUCAGAAGAUCCAUCCUUCAGAUGAAUAUGGCUUCAAUCUACAUGCUGAGAAGAGCAAAGGGCAAUAUGUGGGAUCAGUAGAUGCCGAGAGCCCAGCCGAUAUUGGAGGCCUCAGGGAAAACGAUCGAAUCAUCGGAGUGAAUGGAGAUAUGGUCUUGGGAUUACCUCACAAAGAAGUAAGUCAUGGAUUCAGCUACUGUUUCAAGGAGUGUUCCAGGUGGUCCAAAAGAUCAAAGCGAAUCCUUUGUUUUGCGAGUUGUUCGUCAUCACGGAACAUGACUUUUUCUGGUAUCAGAACCAUGGAAUUCCGUUAUCCUACGACCUUCCUAACAUUGUCAGACCCGUUUCUGUAAGUAUUUCGUGCUUUCCCUAUCCCCGCUUCCCUUUGUGCAGAGUCUCUGUCCAUCAAGCUCAAGCAGUUCAGUGCAUCCCCAGUCCUCGCUCAGCUCCCGUUGCACUUCCUUCAAUUCAGACAUCUUUAUCUCUAAGGCUAGAAUCCAGCUUAAGGUGAGUUCAAGGCCUGUUGUUGGUUACGGUGUCUGAGUUCGGAAGAGUAUGGGUAUUAAUCAACCUUUUUACACCUAAUUGAUGACCUGUGAGUUCACGGACCAGUAUGUUGAUACCUCUGGCAGGUGAUGGUUGUUGUGGCUGUUUACACUGUGGGAGAUCUCUUUGUUUGCGCGAUUUCUUUUUAUUUUAGACGGCCAUUCAAAGAAGUGCCUUGAGUGGAGGGGGCGCGUUUCCUUUCCGGGAACUCGAGACUUUGCAAACUUCACAAAACGAGUCAAUUCAGAUCUCUCGCUCUGAUUACUCGCAGUUUCUCCUUAAUUAAUGUGGCAGGAUAAUACUAUAGAAAUGUCUCCGUUAUGGCUCCAUUGCUGCAACUAGUUGCGGACUGAUUCAGAUUCGGCCUUUUAAAUGGUUAUUACAGGUCUCCAUUCGAGGAAAGAAUUAGGUCUGUCAGUUUAUGAUUGACUGAUGACUAAGGACCGCUUAGCUCCGUUGUCUAUGUGUUUAUCUCCGCCUUCACUUCGAAUGAGACGUUAAUUUCUCCUAAUCCUAGACAUUGAAUCAAACUUGGGGAAUCGAUGAAAGCCCUGAGGGUGUUUGCUCUCGUAUUAUAUCCAUUUGAGGUCAUUCGAGAGGGUCGGGGAGAGAAAGGGAGCGGGAUAGGUAUCUAUCAUGACUCAGACCACGCUUUUGUUGUUCUUGCGCUUUUAUUGGUUUUUUGUACCUUCGAAAGGUUCAGUCGACCAAAUUUCCGUUCUCUCCCUAAGGGCUCCAAGCAACAAAAACACUAAAAACGAAGCUCUUCUGAACGUCUUCUGGCUCCAGCACAAUAUUAUUUUUAUUAUAAUUAUUCCUCAAAAACUCGGUGACCUUGACGUGGGAAUUUAAUUAGUGAAGAGGAAACGUCAGACUCACUCAGCCAUUAUGAGGGCAUUCAAUUUCUCUCCUUCAACAAUCUCAGCGGCCUGGUUCGGUCAACAAUUUCUCCACAGAUUUUAGGUAUUUUUUCGAUCCGCUCCCGAGUGUCCGUGCUUUAUUUUUCCAUGAGAGAUGACCGGGAAUUAUCCUUUUGUAUUUCAUCUGGCCUUUUAUAGAAAUUUCCCUUUUACUCCUCUUUUUUUCAUAUCGCCUGAGGCCUUUUUAUGCUAAAGCGGAUUCCUUUUUUGCUAAUCGCCGCUUUCGUUUGAUCCACUUAUUGUUCAGGAGAAGCCAAUAGAAUCUCCAGUAGCCUCCGAUCCGGCAAUUCCUAGAGCCAGCACUCCGCCGAUGACUCCGCGACCUCUACUCUGUCAUUUGGUAAGCCCUUUCGAGCUAAAUUUUACACUCAUUAUUUACAGUAGUAUCAGAUGUUGACGCGUUUUCACUUAAAGUAAUAUGUAUAAAAAGAUUAAUCAUAAGGGUGUUUCAGUCCAAACGAAGCCCCACCCAAGAGUUUGGCUUCAAUCUCCACGCGGAAAGAAAUAAAGGACAUUUCAUUGGGUCGGUGGAUAAAGGAGGAAUUGCUUACCUGGCUGGUCUUGAGACGGGCCAGAGAAUUGUCGGCGUCAAUGGGGAACUCAUUUACCCAACGAGUCCACACAAGGUGCGUUUUGACGUAUUUGAACAAAUGUAUUUUUUCUUUUUAUCAAUUUGUUUGUUUGGCUGCAUGGAGAGCAGCCAAACAGACAAAGAACAUCCGUUAGCAGUCCAUAAUCAGCAUUUUCAUUUUGAGCAAAAUGGAUUCCAUUUUCGGAUUCCUGAUGGUCAAACCCCAAAAAAAACUUUUAACAACGUUACGUCAUAUGGAUGACGAUUUCUUAAAUUUCAUCGCACAAGUCCUUACGAACCCUGCAAAUUUACAGGGGAAGUACCCCAAGUGCGACGCUCAGAUUUUGAUGAAACUUGGCACAAAUUUAGAAUGAUUUUUUCUAAAAUAUAUGCGAGAAUCCUAGCUCGCGCUUUGCAGAAACAACCGAGAUUUUUAGAUCGAAAGUGGGCGAAAAUUUGACACUUGUUGCCGAAUUUCGGCACGAAAAGUUGCGUGCCUAUUUCUACCAUGGAGGGUAAUGUUUCCACAUAAAAUCAAUUUUUUCCGCACGAAACAAGAAAAGUUAUGGCCAAAAAGUGCUUUUCUCUCUGUCCGCUCUCCGUGCUUAGCGUACUCUCUCGGCGGCAAAGAUCGUUCAAUAUCUCGGCGGCGCCUGAAAAGCGCGAACUAAAACUUCCAGGAAUUGUUAUUUAGUUCAUGCCCGACGUGUGCUCAAAAUUUAAAGAAAAUCGGAGCGUCGCACUUGGGGUACUUCCCUUGUGAGCAGAGAAAAAGUGAAAAAAAGGAGGAGGCGACAGAGAAAGGCAGAAAUUUUUACAAAGUGAGAAAUUGCGCAACUUUGUGUCAGAUUGCGCAACUUUUACCUUUGGACUAAAUUUGCAGAGUUCGGACGGACUUGUGUGAUGAAAUUUAAAAAUCAUCGCCCAUAUGCGUGUAAACAUGUAUACAGCCCGCCUUUCAUUUGGAUCAGAGUUCAUAGGGGCAAAAAACCGGCUUGAUCAACUCGUAGGAUUAUUUUAAGAGUAUUUUGGACAUUAAUCCUGACCUAACUCACGACCUAGGUCAAGAACUACUUUGUGUUUCCCGAAAUUCACGGAUUUUAUCAUGGAUUCAUUAUGUUCACAGAACUUUAACGCUUUUGGAUUACAUACCUGAACUAGAGAUAAGUCACGACAAGCAUAACCAAAGUGACUCUCGUACCCUGGUCAUAGUCAUACAGCCUGCUUGCUUUUUAUAUGAGGGCGCAAUAUCACAUUGUUUAUUGCAAAAAUAACGCCGUCCGUUGCGCAACAUGAUGGCUUUUCGUAAAAAAAUUAAUAAUAAUGCAUAAUUUCAGGAAGUAGUAGCACUAAUAAAGCACGAUCCCUUGGACACAAGUCUUCUUGUUGCAUCAGAGGAAGUGGAUAGAUGGUAUACAGAAAACGGGAUCCCCUACAGCUUCGAUCUGGCCGUUACUUACAAAACCUACACUCCGCCCAGAUCACAAUCUCGAACCGCGACCGUAUCAAGUCAAAAAACUAAUGGAACCGCUCAGGUAAGGGGGAGGGGGAGUGUGCGUAUUUUUUGGUAGUUUUUACGUUUUGAUUUAAGUGUAAUAUAAAAUUAGUUGUCUUACAACGGUAAACGAAUUGUUUUUAGUCUUUCUCGAGCCCCUCGACCUUCUACACGGUUGGUAUUGGUAUUCUGAAUUUAUUCCCCUAUCCCUUUGUUUUUCCGGCUUCUUUCUUUGCUAAUUUUGGGUUCUGUUUUUGUAGCCUACCGAAGAUGCUCAAACUGAUGUUGUUUAUGUACCGACAGAAUUGAAGGAGGAACAGCUAAAUGGACACAAUACUUCCGAGACUUCUGAAGUCCAAGAGUCAGAAGAAUCGACAGAUUCUGAAGUCAGGGAACUCCAGAAUAUUGAGAACGCGGCCGUCGGAUCCCCAGACGAUCUUCUCGAGAAAGUGUUUAGCUCUGUCCCGCCUCCCAAAGAAGAUUCACAUGUAAAUUUUAGUUUUUUCCUUUUUUCUGCUUACUUAGUACCCCACUUUCUUUGAUUUUCUCUCCGAAACUAUAAAUCUGUUACUCUCUUUCAGAAACAUGUAAUUAAUAAUUACAAUUCCGUGACUCCACUGGCUCCCAUAUCCGUCAGGAAUUCUCCCUCAAUCGACCGAACUCCGCUCAGUUCUCCAGAGAAAGGUUGGAUUAAUUUAGUAUUACCAUUUCCACCAGGGAACGUCAUCAGUUGGGGGAAAAAGACAAUUGGGGAAACUGAAAAGUAUUAUCUUUCUUCGAUGUAAGUGUUGAGAUUAGGGUAAUCGAUGCCGCUGAUAAUGUUAUUUUUUUAAAUCAGCGCCAUCGAUUAUCCUAAUCUUGACACUUACAGCGAAGAAAGACAAUACUUUUCAAUUUCCCCAAUUGUCUUUUUCCCAAUCAUCGCUCCCCGUUCCACCAGUAUUGAUUUGAAUUGGCUAUAACUUCUUUAUUUUUGGGCCAAAUAGUAAGAUUCUUUUUCCUGAAUUCUCAGAAUCUAUCGUUGUGUGUGAUACCAAGUAUGUUAUACCUGUUUUUCAGACUACACUGCAUCAAAAAAUUUUUUUUCUUUUAUCGGCGGAGACUUCCGUAAUCCCCCUUGAAUUCGGCGGAGUGUUUUUUUCACAAAUGAGGCUGUAAAUUGUUGUAUGUGUAAAGAAAAUGGGCGGGAAAGGAUUUAGAAGAUACAAUAUGACAGUUAUUUCAAAUUUUUGUGAUUGGGCGGAGACAUUUUUUAACCUCGGUGGACGAUACUUCUCCGACUUUGGAAAGUCAAAAUUUGCUAAAACCAAAACGUAUGGUAUCCCUGGUGGCAUGGCGCCUAAAUACGACUUAUUACGUCAACGGUCCACUGGGAGAAGAAAAAAAGGCAAUUCGGCGGAGAAAUCGGCGGAGAACAAAAUGACCCCAUUUUUACAGCCUCAUUUAUGAAAAAACACUCCGCCGAAUUCAAAGCGGAUUACGGAAAUCUCCGCCGAUUAAAGAAAAACAUUUUUUUGAUUCUAAAAACUCCAAGGGUUUUCUGAAAAAUGCAAAAAAAAAUUUGGGAUUGGACCACCGAGAACAAAGUUAUUAAUGAAUAGUUUUUUUCCAUAAUUCUUGGAACACCCUGUAAUUAUCUGUUUCACAACAUUCUAAGGCUGAUGGACGGGGUUUGCCACACAUAUAUCUUCGACCGCUACCGGGAUACAACCGAUUUACAACAUCUUUCGAGAUUUUUUUAUUUUCACCGUGAAGAUGACGGAAUUAUUUGAUUCCUAUCACAUACUUGGUAUAACACAAAAACGGUAGAUCCUGAGGAUUAAGGGAAAAAACGAAUCUUAGGCCCAAAAGUAAAGAAGUUAUAGCCAAUUCAAGUCGGGCCACAAAAAUGCCCAGCCCUAUACUUUUAUGAUUAAUUGUUUACUUUUAGAUGAAAAUGUGGAUAUAUUCAAAAUGAGUGCCAAGAAAGCGCGGGAGAUCCUCAAACACAAGAAAAGGGACCCUCGGGCACAGGGAACGAUGACUCUGGAAGAAAAACACCAACUCAUCGCCAACUUAUAG